GAAGUAACGCAAGCCAGAGGGAUUGUUCCAGAAGGCCAACUAUGGUGGAGGGCACAGGGGGGGGAGAGUGGCCAGCACCGAGCCUGGGCCGAGGAGAGAUGCCCACAGGAAACGCACGCUGCUGUGAUGAGUGGGCCGGGGCUUAAGAGGACUCCAGGGACCAGAGCGGAUGUCGGAGGACUGGACCAGACAGCAGAAAGAAAGGGGUGUUUGGAAGAUAUUUCUUUCUGAAGUUGGCGCUUAUAGAAGGGGCUUUCUGAAAACCUGAGUCUUGAAGGAGAGUAGCACCUGAGAGUGAGAGUUGAAUGCUGCCCAGGGGGACACAUGAAGCAGGCCCUGGAUCGUGCUCCAACCCUAAGGAUAGCUGUUGGGAGGCUGCACCUCUGGCCAAAUCCUCAAAAUGCAGAAAGAAAAAGAAGAGAAAGAGUCUACAGCAAGAGGCCAGCAUCCAAGCCCUCACCAGGGCUGGCCUCAGGGCCCUGCAGGCUGGCUGGGCCCACGAGGCCCUGAGCAGCUUCCAGAAGGCCUUCCUGCUGGCCUCCGAUGCCCCCCAAACCAGAAGCAGCUCUGUGCUUCGGGCGUGUGCCUUCAACCUGGGGGCCGCCUAUGUGGAGACUGGGGAUCCAGCUAGAGGUCUGGGAAUACUUCUGCAAGCCCAUCCUGAGCAGAAGGCCCAGGGCCGGGGCCACGGUGACCAGUGUUUCAAUGUAGCUUUGGCCUAUCACGCCCUUGGGGAUCUGCCUCAAGCUUUGAGCUGGUAUCGGCGGGCCCUGGGCCAUUACCAGCCACAGGGCGACUAUGGGGAAGUCCAGGCCAAAAUGGGAGCAUGUUACCAAGCUCUGGGAUGUCCAGAUCAAGCAGCCCACUGCUUGCAGGAAGCGAGCAAGUCCUACGCGCACGCAGGCCGGCCCUGGGCCUCGGCCCUGGCCCUGGGGGCCGCAGCGGGGUGCAUGCUGAAUGGCAGCGGGCGUGGGCCCAGUGACGUGCUGCAGGUACUGGAGGAGAGCCGGAGGCUUGCGGACGGGAGUGCCGAGUCGGGGCUGCUGGGGGCCCUCUACAAUGACCUAGGCCUCGGCUACUCCCAGCUGCAGCUGUUCCCUCUGGCGGUGGAGACUUUCCUGCAGGCCCUGCCCCGGUGCCAGCGGCCAGGGGAAAAGGCUACUGUGCUGCAGAACCUCGGGAUGGCUCACCUCGCCCUGGGCAACUAUCACGAAGCCCAGGAGUUUCUCCAGAAGGCAGCCAACCUGCACGGCUCUGCGGGGCGGCGGCGGGAGCAAGGCCGAAGCUUCGGCGGCAUGGCGUUCGCACUUAGCCAGCUGGGGGACCACAGCGCUGCCCGCGACAGCUACCUGCACGCUCUGCAGGCUGCCAGGGACUCCAGAGACAGGAAGGGACUCUGGCAGGCCUGCGAGGGGCUGGGGGCUGCAGCCGCCAGAUUGGGGCGGCAUGAGGAGGCCUUGGAGCGCUAUAAGGAAGCCCUGGCCCAGGGUCAGCAGGAACCAGAUUCUGUGCGAGAGCGGCUUGUGGCCAAGCUGGCGGACGCCAUGCGGACCCACCUGGCCAGUGGGGGGCUGGUCCAGGCUCACAGCCUGCCCCAAGAUCCAGCUCUGGGAAGGCUCUGGGCACCCAGCAGGGCCUCCCUGGUGGUGCAGACUUCAGCCAGGGUGCAGAGCAGUGCAGCACGCGUCCUGCACAGGCGGGCUUGUGGGCCUCCCAGUGGGUGGGAUGAGGACGAGUUUGAAGAGGGUCACGAGGAGAAAAAGGAAGAGCGGCCCAAGACCGUGACUGCGACGUUAGGACCGUGGAGACCUGAGCGGCGCCCUCCCCGCAGAGACCGCGGCCCAUCCUCGAACACCCACCCUCCUCGUUCUUCCCUUAAAGCUUCCUCUCCACCAUUGUGUGCUGCUGUGGAGAGGCCUGCGAUGGAUGUGUCGGACCCUCUUCACGAAGGCCCCGGCCCCAAGGCUUGUGAUCCCUCAGAAGGCCCAGGGAUCCUGGUACCCAGUGGCUGCCAAGCCAGUAGGCCCCUUCUCCUUCAGGCCAUCCUCAUGGCCCACGGAAGCCCUCAGAAGAAAUCCCCGGAGGAGACUCGCCCGGUCUGCCUUCUGCGCAGUCGUGUGACCUGCACCUGCUGGGCAUGGCCCUCGCCUCUGCCCCAACUCCCUAAAACGCUGCAGGGGUGCUCGGGCACCAUGCCACAGCACUAAGAGCGCUUCAGCCGUCAGGCGAGAGGUCCGGUGGCUCAGCAGACAGGUUCUUUUUGCUUCUUGUUGGAAAUGUCUGAACUCAAUUGAAAAAGGAAAAUGAACAGUGAACUUCCUUUUCUUCCUGGAUCCAGACCGUGUGACUGCUAAGGCCUAUGGCUUCUUGAAUGGGUGGCUUUAAAGUGACUUUCUCCAGACCUUUUCUCAUAUGGGAAACAGGGAUGCAGUGUGACAGAAGACAAAAAGACACUGUCUUUUCUUUUUUUGUUUGUUUGGUUUUUGAGGCAAGGUCUC